UCCUACUUUUCAAUUUUUUCUUCUCAAUUGAUCUCCUACCCGGUUUCUGCCUCCUCGUUGGAUCUAAACUCAAACCCCCUUUUUCUAUUGACACUCACCGUCACCACUCUCUGCUUCUUCGAUCUAAAUCAACAUCUUUAGUGCUUUUUUUUGUCAACCCAGACUUACUGCAGGUCCGCUUUCACUGAUUUGCCAUCUGGGUCUGGCUUUUUUGUCUCUACUGAUUACUGAAUCAAAAUUCUGUAGCUAUCUCACGUGACUUCUUCUCUGAUCAGGAAAGAAUGACGUUAGCCUUCUCCUAUGAACGUGUAUUGAUUAACAGAUAGGAUUGUGGGUAGGAUAGAGCUUAAGCUUUUUUUUUGGGCUAAGAAAAUGGUUUAGGUGAUGGAAGCUUGACUGUAGCAAUUGGACCAAGUAAUAUUAAUCAAAUCCAUGGGGACAGAAAAUCCUGGUCGUCCAAGUUUUUCUGUAAGACCUUCGUCUGCACCUCCAACGGCGACACCGUUUCCGUCAUCUGGUCCUCUGGUUGGACCGGAGGCCUCUAGUUUUAGGCCUACUCCACCUGCCCCUCCUCAGGCUACUGGGCCUUUUGUGUCAUCUGGGCCACCAGUUGGAUCGGAUGGCUCUGGUUUCAGACCUACUGCACCCCUGAGGUUCAAUGAUCCGUCUGUGUCUUCUACACCAACAACAUAUAUCCCACCCACUGCUGGACCUUUCCAGCGUUUUCCUACACCGCAAUUUCCUUCAACAGCCCAAGGUCCACCAGCACGUGCUCCACCUGUUGGCCCACCACUGGUUCAGCCAUUUGCUAGUCAAGUUUCAACUCCUCCAGUUUCAUUUCGUCCACAGCCUCCUUCAGUGCCGAUGGGAUUUCCAGCUCAAAGAGCAAAUUUUGCACCACCUAGUAUGAAUGUUCCUCAAGCCUUUUCUGAUUCAUCAUUCUCAGCCCCGAGGCCAAGCUCUCAGCCUUCAUUUACUCCUGUGGAUUCCUCAUAUUCUUCUGCAAGAGCUACUUUGCAGCCUCCUUUGCCUGGAUAUGUGAAUACACAGCCUAAUGCAGUUGCCCAAUUGCCAACUAUGCCAUCUUCUUAUCCUUCUUAUCCAGGAAGUUAUGUACCUCCCCCACCAACAUCAGUUUCUUCUUUUCCUGCUCAUCAGGGAGGUUUCACCCCACCUAUGUCAGCAGCAACCCCACCAGGCAUGCUUUCCCAACAUCCAGGGCCUCCUGGUGGUGUCAUGCAAGGUUUAGCAGAAGAAUUCAGUUCUCUCUCUUUUGGGUCUCUUCCGGGAUCAAUUGAACCUGGAGUUGAUUUGAAAGCAUUACCAAGGCCAUUGGAGGGGGAUGUGGAGCCAAAUUCAUUUGCUGAGAUGUACCCCUUGAAUUGCCAUUCUAGAUAUCUAAGGCUUACUACUACAGCAAUACCAAAUUCCUCAUCUUUGGUUUCAAGGUGGCAUUUGCCUCUUGGGGCAGUUGUUUGUCCUCUUGCUGAAGCUCCUUCAGGGGAGGAAGUGCCCAUUGUUAAUUUUGCUUCAACUGGGAUUAUCCGUUGUCGAAGAUGUCGGACAUAUGUGAAUCCUUAUGUGACAUUUACUGAUGCUGGACGAAAGUGGCGUUGCAACAUCUGUUCUUUACUUAAUGAUGUUCCAGGUGAUUAUUUUGCCCAUUUAGAUGCCACUGGCAGAAGAAUUGAUCUAGAUCAGCGACCUGAACUUACGAAGGGUAGUGUGGAAUUUGUUGCUCCUACUGAGUAUAUGGUGCGGCCUCCGAUGCCGCCUCUGUACUUUUUUCUCAUUGAUGUGUCAAUAUCUGCAAUUAGAAGUGGUAUGCUUGAGGUUGUGGCUGAAACUAUUAAGUCAUGUUUGGAUGACUUGCCAGGCUUCCCUAGAACACAGAUUGGAUUUAUUACUUAUGAUAGCACUAUCCAUUUUUAUAAUAUGAAGUCUUCUUUGACACAACCUCAGAUGAUGGUGGUCUCUGAUCUAGAUGACAUAUUUGUCCCCUUGCCAGAUGAUCUCCUUGUCAACUUGUCUGAAUCUAGAAGUGUGGUGGGAACAUUCUUAGAUAGCUUACCAACCAUGUUUCAGGACAACGUCAAUGUAGAGUCUGCUUUUGGUCCAGCUCUUAAAGCGGCAUUCAUGGUUAUGAGUCGACUUGGAGGAAAAUUGCUAAUAUUUCAGAACAGCCUGCCUUCUCUUGGUGUUGGGCGUUUGAAGUUGAGGGGAGAUGAUGUUCGUGUAUAUGGGACCGAUAAAGAACAUGCAUUAAGAAUACCUGAAGAUCCCUUCUAUAAACAAAUGGCUGCUGAUUUGACCAAGUUCCAGAUAGCUGUGAAUGUGUAUGCUUUCAGUGACAAAUACACUGAUAUAGCCUCAUUAGGUACUUUGGCAAAAUAUACUGGAGGUCAAGUGUAUUACUACCCCAACUUCCUGUCAUCCCUUCAUGGAGCUAAGUUGACACAUGAGUUAUCACGAGAUUUAACCAGGGAAACUGCUUGGGAGGCUGUCAUGCGCGUAAGAUGUGGAAAAGGGAUUCGGUUUACGUCUUAUCAUGGGAACUUUAUGCUGAGGUCCACUGAUCUAUUAGCACUUCCAGCUGUAGAUUGUGAUAAGGCAUAUGCAAUGCAGUUAUCUCUUGAAGAGACUUUACUGUCAACUCAGACAGUAUAUUUUCAAGUUGCUUUGCUAUACACUGCAUCUUGCGGAGAGAGGCGUAUCCGGAUACAUACUUUAUCAGCUCCUGUUGUUUCAGAUCUAAGUGAGAUGUAUCGUCAGGCAGACACUGGUGCCAUUGUUUCUUUAUUUUCUAGGUUAGCAAUUGAGAAAACAUUAUCACAUAAGCUGGAAGACGCACGGAACGCUGUGCAGCAAAGGAUUGUCAAAGCUCUGAAGGAAUAUCGGAAUCUCCAUGCUGUGCAGCAUCGCUUGGGAGCCAGGAUGAUAUAUCCUGAAUCUCUGAAGUACUUAACUUUGUAUGGUUUAGCACUUUGUAAAUCAACACCACUUCGAGGAGGAUAUGCUGAUGCUCCACUUGAUGAACGCUGUGCAGCAGGUUACACUAUGAUGGCAUUGCCUAUUAAAAACUUGUUGAAACUCUUGUACCCCAGCUUGAUACGAGUUGAUGAUUUUCUCUUAAAGCCAUCUGGUGACGUUAAGGAGCUUUUAGACAACAUGAAGAGGUUACCACUGGCUGCAGAGAGCCUAGAUUCUAGAGGACUUUAUAUAUAUGAUGACGGUUUCCGUUUUGUUAUAUGGUUUGGUAAAAUGCUCCCGCCUGAUGUAGCUAUGAAUCUGCUUGGCCAAGACUUUGCGGCUGAGCUAUCCAAGGUCAGCCUUAGUACGCGUGAUAAUGAAAUGUCAAGAAAGUUAUCGAAGAUAUUGGAGGGACUUAGAAUGAUUGAUCUUUCAUAUCAUCAGCUGUGUCAUCUUGUAAGACAAGGUGAACAGCCCAGAGAAGGCUUCUUACUUCUUGUAAACCUUGUUGAGGACCAGAUCGGUGGUAGCAGUGGUUAUAUGGAUUGGGUUCUGCAGAUACAUCGACAAGUACAGCAGAAUCCAUAGUACAAAGAGAUACCAGUGGCUUGUUCUGUGCUUCAUUGAGAAAGUGAUCCGAGCAUUUGUUCAAUACCGUAAAUAACCUUUGAUUUCAGCCACAAGUUCCUCGCAAAAUGUGGAUGUUUGAGUCGCCGAUAAUGAUCACCUUCACUGGAAAGAUUUUCAGACGACAAUCUGUUGCUUCACUACAGGAUUCAAUAACUUGGGGAGAUGCACUUUUAAUGAUACAUUGUUUUACUUCGAGUUUUCAUAUUGAAACGCAACAGAGCAAAAUUUUAUUUGAUAGCUAAAAUUAUUGUCAGUAAAUUUUUUUACUUAGUGAUAUAUUUUUAAGAACCCUUUAGGUAUUUGCUUUGUUUAGAGAGGUGUGUUCCAAUUUCUUGACAUUGUUCAUUGUCAAUUUUGUUCUGAUAUUUGAAGCAAUGCUAAAUUUGCCUUUCUGGGCUUUGAAUGGAUAUUACUUUUGAUAUA